AUGGCAGACAUCACACAUAGAGCGCGUAAAGCAUCGAAACUGCGUACAUUAGCAGUAUUGUGGUGGGGAAUCGAGAUACUCUGCCUCGAUGGCGCCGUCGCACAAGCCUCGAACACGACAAUUCUGUAUCGGUCGACGGUGACGCGGAAUUCGAGCGAUCCGGUGGCACGACGUCUAGUGGAAGGCCUACAAUGCGACUUGGACCUCUAUAACGCAUUCAUCGAGUCCGAUGAGGGGCAGGACAUCUUCAUCAUGGCUGCACUGUGCGAGUCGCGCAUCGUAUACCUGAAAAACGCUCGCGCUGGAUGGUAUGGACCCGUUCCGCAAUCGGAUCUUUCCUUGACCAUGUGCUCGGACGAAUGUUUGCGCAGCGAUGAAUUACACAAGAAAGCCAUGUCGCUGUCGCGUUGCACGUGUGCUCAGGUGUCUGCCGAAACAUUCGUACGUCACGAUUUCUGCCUCCAGAGCUCCGCUCGACUGUUGUGUACUCAUCUGAGCGAAUGCGGACACUGGGGCUGUCAACUCGAGGACUUUAACUGCCUUCGGUACGAGUGGGAUCAUUUAUAUCCAUGUGCUAGCUCUCGUGUAGUGAUAAAUGCCGUUGUAGUGGUGCUAGCCCUCGCUGCGUUUUGGUUAGCGUAG